AUGGAGCCCCUCCCAACCAACAAGACAUUCACUUCGGAGGAGACCACUUCGAAGGAGGCUACCGGCGAAAACUUCCACAGUGGCCACGACAGCCACGCCGUCAGCAUGGAUCAGACUGGUCACGAGUUGUCAGAUCUCGUCACGAAUUACAGGAGUCUCCAUCAUGCAGACGUUGGCGGCAUGUCGCCCAAGACUGCCUUCGCUGCUAGUCUCCUGCCAACGUCCGUCUUUGCUGCCAACUGGCACAAGGCCCGCCCCGCUCUCGCUUCUUCCAACUUCGCCGCCGUCGUCGACGAGUGCAGCCAUCAAGCGGACUCGGGUUACUCAACCGGUAACCACCAGAUUACUGACGCCGCCCUCGAGCGCGUCCUCAAGGAAGCUUACGAGCGUGGCAAAAGGGACUCCAUCGAUCUCGAGCGCAUGAUCAUCGACGCUUACGAGCGUGGUAAGAAGGAAGGCAUCGAGCAGGGCCGCGCUCACGGCAGGAAGGAGGGCGUUCUGCAGGGCCGCGAGCUCGUGCUCUCCGCUGUUCAGGAGUGGUUGGGUGUCACUGAGGAAGAUCUUCUGCGCGACAGGGAGAGGCUUGAGAAGCAUCUCGCCGACAAUAUCUAG